AUGGGGCAACAGUCAUUGAUCUACAGCUUUGUGGCUCGGGGGACGGUGAUUCUUGCCGAGUACACGGAGUUCACGGGGAAUUUCACCUCCAUCGCCGCUCAAUGCCUCCAGAAACUACCUGCUACCAACAACAAGUUCACCUAUAAUUGCGACGGCCACACCUUCAAUUACCUCGUUGAAAACGGGUUCACGUACUGUGUUGUUGCAGUUGAGUCCGCAGGCAGGCAGAUUCCCAUUGCCUUUUUAGAAAGAGUUAAGGAAGAUUUCAACAAAAGAUAUGGAGGAGGGAAAGCUGCAACUGCUGUUGCCAACAGCCUGAACAAAGAAUUUGGUUCCAAAUUGAAGGAGCACAUGCAGUACUGUGUGGAUCAUCCGGAGGAGAUCAGCAAGCUUGCUAAGGUUAAGGCUCAGGUUUCUGAAGUNAUAAAAUUUGCAAUUAUCACAUUCGUAGCAUCGUACUGUGUUGUUGCAGUUGAGUCCGCAGGCAGGCAGAUUCCCAUUGCCUUUUUAGAAAGAGUUAAGGAAGAUUUCAACAAAAGAUAUGGAGGAGGGAAAGCUGCAACUGCUGUUGCCAACAGCCUGAACAAAGAAUUUGGUUCCAAAUUGAAGGAGCACAUGCAGUACUGUGUGGAUCAUCCGGAGGAGAUCAGCAAGCUUGCUAAGGUUAAGGCUCAGGUUUCUGAAGUUAAAGGAGUGAUGAUGGAAAACAUAGAAAAGGUUCUUGACCGAGGAGAGAAGAUUGAACUGCUGGUGGACAAAACUGAGAACCUUCGAUCACAGGCUCAAGAUUUUAGGCAAAACGGGACCCAGAUGAGGAGGAAGAUGUGGCUCCAAAAUAUGAAAGUAAAACUCAUUGUGUUGGGUAUCCUCCUUUUGUUGAUUCUCAUCAUUAUUCUGUCUGUCUGCCGUGGCUUCAAGUGUUAAUUUGCACCGAACUUUCCAUCGAUUCUCUUGCUGCCAUCUUGAUUAGAACUAUCUUGCUGGGUUCGUUUUCCUUUCCAUUAUGAUACUCCAUCUUCCAGUUUCUCUCCUUAUUGCACCUCCCCUUUCUACUAUCCUCGUAGGACCAGGAAGGGUUUGUAUUUUGGAUUUCAAUGUAUAGGCGAUUUGUAGAAAUUCCUUAUUAUUGUAGAAAAAACUUCUUUAUUCAUCAGGCUUUUUUUUUUUGUUUUUUUCAUUGUUGAGACAUUUCAUAUGUAAUGUAUGAUACUUGCAGAUCCGAUCAGUUUUAUUUUUUCAAAUGUCAUAAAAAUUUGCUUCCUUUUUAGCUUAAUUCUCUUGGCGUGCGAAAUAUGUCACCGGCAGAGGCAUCAAAUCUAAAAGAAAUGAUUAAUUUGGG